UUUGUUAUUUAUCGCGACCGGGGAAGAGGAGGAAGAAAAGCGGGGGAGACGGCACUUUUCCCCCUGUAAAACCGACUGGGCGCAGCCGCCGGGGCGCUUCAUCCCGCUGCCCCGAAUAAACGGGCGGAGGAGGACUUUGAUGGGGGAAAUGCUUUUUCCUCCCCUGAUGCAUCGUAAGUAACUUAAGUUGUUAUUCAUACUCCGCAAACAAACACGGCGAUAACAUCUCCUAUCUCCGGAGCGCUGGAGGCCGCGGCGAGGGAUGAGAUCUGCCUUUACCCAUCCGAGCAGGACACUUUUCCGCUCGUAACUAAUUUGAUUUGAUUUUGAUUUUUUAAUUUUUCCAUGCUCCGCUCCCGGAGGGUCAUUUGAACUGUAAAGGAAUCGCCGAGGGGGCGAGGGGACCUGGAGAGAGAGGCUGUCCAAACGACUCCACCGAGGCUCCUCCGCCCCCUCCAAGAUGAUGCUUAGCCCGGACCAAGCCGCCGACUCCGACCACCCCUCCUCGGCGCCCUCCGACCCGGAGUCCCUGGGCGGCGCGGACGCCCAGGCUCUCAGCUGCUGCGUGUCCGACCCGGAGCCCGCCGAGGGCGGCGGCGGCGGCGAGGGCCGGGGCGGCGGCGGGGGUGGCGGCGGGGAGGGCCGUGGCGGGGGCCGGCCGGGGCUGCACCCGCCGCCGCUGAGCCGGGAGGAGAAGCGGCGGCGGCGCCGCGCCACGGCCAAGUACCGCUCGGCCCACGCCACGCGUGAGCGGAUCCGCGUGGAGGCCUUCAACCUGGCCUUCGCCGAGCUGCGCAAGCUGCUGCCCACCCUGCCCCCCGACAAGAAGCUCUCCAAGAUCGAGAUCCUGCGCCUCGCCAUCUGCUACAUCUCCUAUCUCAACCACGUGCUGGACGUGUAG